GAGAAGAGAAGACGAGCGGAAAAGCCUUUAGCUCUUAAAUGGCACAUUAUUAUGAUAUCGAUGACAUUAUGAUGGAAGAGGAGCUCAUUUCUGUUGUUUUUCAAGUUAGGGCAAAUGGAGUUGGACUGCUUGAUCCUGGUUCCGAGACUAACAAUGUUGAACAAGGCGCGAAAGUAGAUUUACCAUUUUGGCUUGCUCAUGAGUUAUGCUUGAGACAAGCAGUGUCCAUUAACAUUCCCCACUGUUUUAAUCAAAAAACAAGAAAGGAAAUCCAGGCUGAUGCAGCUUGUGUAGAUCUCAGGAGCCGAUACCCAUUCUUUUAUCAGCUGGGAUGCAAGGUUACACCUCUGGUUGGCGAUAGAAGUAUUGGGUCUUUCCUCCUGUAUGCAUUUUCAGGCAGGUACAAGGAAGUGCUGAGCAAGGGACACAGUGCUGCAUUUGCAACUGCUCCCAAGUUCUUGCCACUUCUUACAAGAGAAGAAUCCCACUUGUUUGAGGCAGCUCGAUCUUCCAUGGCAGCAUUUAAGAAAUGGCAGGUAGGUGGGUGGAGAUUGGAGAGGGCAUCUGUUCUUGGAAGGAAGAGGAAACCGGCUUGCCCAAUGCAGGACCCGACCUCUUGAUCCAUAUCUCAAUCUGCUAACCAAAUAAUGGGCAUUAGAUCUAAAUGGUUUCAAUUUCGAAUUAAGACAAUGGAAUAGAGGAAAAUACUACUAUUAGCAAGGUUCAUGGUGUAGGCAUUCAAAACUCAUGUAAGCAAUAAGCAGCAGCUGA